AUGAUAGGAACUGCAACGUACGUUAGCAAGAUUGAUCUCCUAAGAGGAUACUACCAAGUUACUCUCACCCACAACGCUCAAGGCAUCUUGGUGGUCGUCACCUUCCAGCGUAUGCUGAACAAGAUCACUAGAAACAUGGAAGAAACCAAGGCCCAUUUGGAGGACAUCAUCGAGUUGGCUGAUACCUUGGAAGAACACCUGCGACGUCUACAGCAUCUCUUCCAACAACUGCAGCCAACAGGACUCGUCAUCAACCAGGCCAAAUGUGACUUUGCCCGAGGUACAGUUACAUACCUAGGACACAUAGUUGGGCAAGGCAAGACGGCUCCUCGCACCCCUAAAUUGGAUGUCACCUUAAAUGUUUCUUCUCCACUAGACAAACGAAGCCUCCGACGAUUCUUAGGAAUGGCGUGUUUUUAA